AGACCACAGAGGCUUCAUGGUUGAACAGAUUCAAAUAACCGCCAGAUACUCUAUUAUACAAUAGUACGGCUGAGGGUAAAAGACAUAUAAAUCAAGAAUAGCCGUUAACACUGUUAAAUUAUAUAAAAAUCAUGAUUAUGAUUUACAAGGCAAACGUCAUAACCAUUAGACCACAGAGGCUUCAUGGUUGAACAGAUUCAAAUAACCGCCAGAUACACUCUAAUACACAAUAGUACGGCUGAGGGUAAAUAAUAACACAUAUAAAUCAACCAGAUUUUAGACUAAAUUUGUCUACAUUUUCUGCUUUUAUUAAUGUUAAUUGGUUUAACACUACUGAUCAACCAAACAGUUAACUAGUAUUCUCUUACAUUACCACAGAGCAAGGAAGAGAAAUCCAUUCGUGCAGACAGAUUGAUUUGUAUGUAUUUUGAAUGCAUCAAACAGACACAGAGUGGUCCAAUAUGAUUUCCUAUUAAUAUUGAUAUUAAAUGUCAUCUACCACAGCAAAGGUACCCCAAAUAUCCCCAACGGAGCAUCCUGUUCCCUUUCUAGCACUACUAUUGGCCCACAAUCUGCACUUCAUUGAGAAGGCAAAUCAUUAGAACUGAUAAAUUCAAACUGACUGCACCAUCAUAAACAUGAGUCAAGUACUUAUAGCUGUUGAAAGUCCUAUAUUCAAUACAAAGAGUAAUACAGAAAAAUGUACUACUGUGCGCAUAUGUUUUAAUUUUCUGUAAGGCACAUGUAUUUAGGAUUUUUUGAAAAUAUAACCAACAUACCAUGAUAUGAAAAAAGAAAACAAAAUUAAACACCUCUAUCUUUUUUCCUUCUGCACACAGGAAAUGAUAGGAGAUCCUGGGCCUCUAGAAUCAGAUAUUGAAUGUUCAAGCGAAAAUGACAGAUAUUCUGAUCAUGUUUCUGAGCCAGAUUUUGGUGCAAAACAAGUGAACAUGGAUGUGUUAGAGGAUCCUAGGCAUCUAGAAUUAGAUACCGUGGAAUGUUCAAGUAAUGACUUCAAAAGCUCUGAUCAUGUUCCUGAGUCGGACAAUGUUUGCACAAAACAAGUGAACAUGGAAGUGUUAGGAGAUUCAGAUUCUUUUUCAAGCGAAGAUGACAGCGACUCUGAUUAUGCUGUUUCUCAAUGUGGUAUCGAUUUAGCUGAUGUGCCCAACACAAACGUUUCAACAUCAGAAGGGAGGGAACAAUUUUCCAGCCAAUCUAUAACGAUAUUAACAACAUCGAAUAAAGAAAAACGUGUGUGGGAUAAACCGCAAUAUUGUCUCUAUUGUAAUUUACCACAAAUGAAACUACCACGCCAUCUCAAAUCUCAACACUAUGAUGAAACAAGAGUUCAGAAAUGGAAUGCGACUAAAUGUAAAAAAGAAAAGGCAAGACAAAUGACUUAUCUAAGGAACUAUGGUAACUUCUUACACAACUCUAAGGUACUUAAGGAGGGAAAUGGUGUAUUACUUGUGAUUUACAGGCCAUCACACUAAGUCAACCCAAAUGAAUUCCUUCCAUGUAAGGAUUGCUAUGGGUUUUUUAGCAAAAAUGAUCUAUGGAAGCAUAAAUGUAGUCAGAGGGAGGAAAAAAAUACAGGCAAAGAUACAUUAAAAAGGAAGAGAAGAAAUCAGCAUUGUAAGCCAAGUCGGUUGAUGCUACCGAGUAUUCCAGGUGUGUCUCAAAGAACAAAUGAUAUUCUCAUGAAGAUGACUAGUGACCAUGUUUCGCGUCUUGUAAAAACCGACAGUUUAAUAAAAACAUUUGUUGAAAAACUUACCAUGAAGCAUGGACAUUCUAGGGACCAAGAGAGCUACAUUAGACAAAGGACAAGGGAGAUUGGUAGAAUGGUUCUUGAAUAUAGAUUAUUGACCAAUGAAAAGAAUGCUAUGCUAGCUGGCCUAAUUUGCCCAUCAAAAUUUAUUGAUGUGACACGUGCAACUAAGCGUGCAGCUGGAUUUAAUGAAGACACCAACUUGUAUAAUACUCCAAGCCUUGCCUUGAAGAUAGGGCAUAGUAUCAAAGACUGUACUGAAAUUCUAAGAGGCGAGGCUCUGAUGUCAGGUGAUGAGUUUUUGGAGAAGAAGUGCACGUCAUUCUUAUCCUUAUACUCCUUGCACUGGGCCGACAAAGUGAGUCACCAUGCUCUUCGCAGUCUUCAUGAAAGCAGAAGAAACAACCCCAAACUCCUCCCCCUAACAGAUGAUGUUGUUAAACUUUCUAGGCAUCUGAAGGAGGAAAUUCAAGUCAGGCAACAUGGGCUGCAGAAAGCAAAAGGUCACAAUGUAAAAAGAGCUUGGAAAUUGUUUGCAGAAGCAUUGCUCACUCAAGUUGUAGUUUUCAACAGAAAACGGCCAGGUGAGGUCUCAAAGAUGACACUGUCCGAUCUAAUGAAAUGUUCAAGUGGUGAAGAGAACAUACUUGAUGGAGCAUUGUCUGAAUGGGAAAAGGCAUUAUGUAGAGUACUUUGGAGAGUUGAGAUAAUUGGAAAGCGGUCGAGAACUGUUCCUGUUCUACUGACGUCAGAAAUGAAAUAUGCUAUGGAAUUCUUAACAUCAAAGCGACUGGCAGCUGGUAUUACAGAUAGCAACAAAUAUGUUUUUGCUCUGUCAGGAGAAGGCCACUUAAGAGCCUGUGAUGCUAUUCGCGAAAUUUCAACUCAGUGUGGAGCAAAGCAUCCUGAGUAUCUGCGAGCAACGCGCCUAAGAAAACAGAUCGCUACAGUAUCCCAAAUCAUGAACCUAAAAGAAAAUGAAUUGGAUAUUCUCGCUAAUUUCUUGGGCCAUGAUAUUCGCACACAUAGACAAUACUACAGGCUUCCUAAUUCAACAUUGCAGCUAGCCAAAGUUUCUAAAUUACUCUUGAAAAUGGAAAAUGGUGACAUAAAGGGACUUUCUGGUAAAAGUUUUGAAGACAUAGAAGUUGAUCCUAAUGAAGAUUUUAACAAUGCAGAAGAUUCAUAUUCUGAAGAUGAUUGCAUUGUUGAAGAAGGUAAGAUCAAUGUAAUUGGAGGUGUUUAGUACAAUGUGUGUAGCUUCAUUCAUUUUAUUUAUAACAACAAUAAUAAUAACCAAUAUUUAUACAGCGCCUAAUACUUACAACCUCGAGGCGAUUAACAACAACAUAAUAAUAAAAGUAAAAGAAAAAAAAAUUGCAGCGAUACAAGAGGUGGUGACAGCAUAUUUAUACAGGAUACGUAUUCAAUGAAAGCAAUAAACAUUCACAAUAACUAAACUAAAAAUGUAUACUAAACACUGAUCUACCAUAUGGUCCUGUUUCAGAAAAUUAACUACUACUGUAUAUAGUUACUCUUCUUUAUAGAUAUGAUAUAUACAUUUUUUAAUAUGACACAAAAAAUAAGACAAUAUAAAUUGUAAACUUAUGAA